AUGUCACAACCGCUAGACUCUUCUAAAGUAACAAUCGUACCCACGGGGACCCCAUCGGCGCCAAUCCCCAAUGAGAAACUCCGAUUUGGGAAACAGUUCACGGACCAUAUGUUGCAAGUGGAAUGGACCGCGGAAAACGGGUGGGAUGCACCCGUUAUAAAACCGUACGGUCCAUUUUCGAUCGACCCCUCCUGCUGCGUGUUACACUAUGCCUUCGAGUUGUUUGAAGGUAUGAAGGCAUAUUGGACCGUUGAUGACCAGAUUAGCUUGUUCAGACCAGAGAGGAACAUGAGUAGGAUGAACAAGUCAGCGGCACGUAUCUGUCUCCCCGAAUUUGACACGGAGGAACUUAUCAAGUUGAUCGGGCUGUUACUCCAACAGGAUAAACACCUGAUCCCCAAGGGUGAAGGUUACUCCCUGUACAUUAGACCUACAAUGAUAGGCACUACAAACGCGAUUGGUGUUGGGGCACCGGACAGAGCAUUACUGUUUGUCAUUUGUUCCCCAGUGGGGCCAUACUACAAGACUGGUUUCAAAUCCGUGAAACUUGAAGCUACAGAUUAUGCGACCAGGGCAUGGCCCGGUGGUGUUGGGGAUAAGAAGUUGGGUGCCAAUUAUGCCCCAUGUAUCCAACCUCAAUUGAGAGCCGCCUCGAAGGGGUACCAUCAGAACCUAUGGCUUUUCGGUCCCGAAAAAUACGUCACAGAAGUUGGGACCAUGAACUGUUUUUUUGUCUUUGAGAAUAAGACCCAAAAUGUGAAGGAACUGGUCACUGCACCAUUGGAUGGGACAAUCUUAGAAGGUGUCACUAGAGACUCGAUUUUGACGUUGGCACGUGCGAGAUUGGACCCUACGGAAUGGCAAAUUAGUGAACGGUACUGUUCCAUCUUUGAAGUAAGAGAAAGAGCCCAAAGGGGUGAAUUACUGGAGGUGUUUGGAUCUGGUACUGCAGCUACUGUUUCUCCCAUCGAGGAGAUAGGUUUUGAGGGGGGAUCCAUCCCUGUGCCAUUGAGCGAGGGAGAACAAUCGGGUCCCCUAACAAAAGAUAUAGCUCGGUGGAUUAUGGAAAUACAGUAUGGCAAGAGCAAGUUCCAAGACUGGUCAAGGAUUGUCGCUGAGGCAUGA